AUGCUGGGAUACAUACAUUAAUCAUAAAAUUCAAUGAAAUAGGGGAUCUUAUAUAUGGUGGUUAUAGGCAUGCUGGACCUAAAGUAUCUCCCAUUCUAGGCUUUUAUCAAUAGAAUUAAUGAUUAAUUAGCAGUUCAUUCAUUAGCAGUUAAAAAAACUAAUAUAUUUGCUGGAAUGUUCUCAUAAACAGAAUAAUAUGUUGUAAAAGUAAACCCUGUUGAUGCAAUAGAUCGUAAUAAUGAUGUUUAUACACUUUAAAAUGACUAAGCUUAGUCUAAUUAAAAAGCUAAAAUUCUAAAGAUAAAUAAUGCGUUGGACUCAUUUUAAUGGAGAAUUGAUCCCUACCGAAGUACCAAUGUGUAUCACCUUUAAGAAAUAUAAAAUGGUAAUUUAUUAAUGGCAUGCGGUAACGAAUACACCCCAUAGUAUUAUCUAUACAUUAAAUUCUACAAUCUUGAUGGAUCAUUAAAUACUCAUUACUAGUAUGAGCCUUCCAUAGGACAGACUUCAACGUUACUUUAAGGAGUAGGAUUAAUAAAUGUUGUCUACAAUAGUACUGAUUAAUCUUUGAUAGGAUGCUAUCGUAGUUUUUAAACAGAUUUUUUCGGUUACAUAAUUUAAGAAACUUCUGCUUUUCACAAUCUACAUACAAAUUAGAAUGUUGAAUAGAUGCUUUGUGUUGAUAUACAUUAAAAAGGAAAUAAAAUUUACACUGUGUAUCACACAUUUUCAAAAAGUUCAAUAGACUACUAUUCCACAUCUGAUUUGAUUUCAAGGCUCUAUUUCUUUGGAGAUGCGACUAUAAAUGGUAUAGCAUCAAGUUAUAUAUUUAAAAUGAGAUCUUAGGAAUAUUGCUAUAAUAUUAUUAAGUAAGAGACUAAUCUAACGCCAUUCAAUCUCGAUCUCCAAUUAUAUCAAAUAUUGCAGAAUGUUCCUACAACAACCACAACGACCACAACAACUACUACUCCUGCACCUAAUGGCAAUGUUGUUACCAUAACUACUACUACUUCAUAACCAGACAAUAAUUGGCCAAGUUCUUAUAAUUCAUAUUCUCAUGAUUCUAAUUCAUAUUCUCAUGAUUCCAAUUCAUAUUCUCACGAUUCUAAUUCAUAUGAUUCUAAUAAUGGUUUACGUAUCCUAGAUUAAACUGGAAUAAAUUCAGAGAAUGAUUAGGUGCUUCGUUAAGUACUCCUUCUUGAUGAUGAAGAAUUACUAUAAAUUUUGGAUUCAUAAAUAGAAAGAGAGCAGGAAGAUAUUGAUUCAGUCUAUAACUAAGAAAUGCUAAUAAAAAGCAUUAAAAAGAGGAGGUAACUCUAGGUUGUUGAUAUUCUAAACACAAAUCCAAUUUCUCCCCCUACAGAUAUUUCUACUCUAUUUUCAUUUGACAUAGAUCUAAGGUCAAUUUUAGUUGAAUUAAAUGCAACUCUUCUUGUAAAUUCACCAAAUAAAACAACUUGUAAUCGAAGAGGCGUAAAUGACUUGAGAUAUUUACCUAAUAUUCCUGAUAAGAGAGAUUUUAAUUGCUAUAGUGAACUUGAAAAUUGUACUGUUAGUAUGGGUUACUACUAAUUUGGAUAAUGUACAGAUGUACUUAAUCUUACCAUUCUAAUUUAAAAAUCAAAUUCCUAGUCUACUUUGCUAAAAAAUAAGACCUUUACCUUAUCUCCUUUACUAAUGGAUGAUGCUUUUAUAUAAACAAAUGUGUAGCAUUUAUCUUAGCAGAAUUACAGAAUAAGUGCCUUGAAUUAUGAUGGCUUUAAUGUUCUUGACCCAGCAAAGAACUUUACUCUUCCGAUGCAUACCUAUACUCCUAAUUGGUGCAAAUAUUACUCCUAACACCUAUAAGUUUCUAAAGCAAGUAAAAGGAAUUUAGUUAGUAUAUUCAUUCCGCAGAUUUUCCUUAUUCCAUCUAAAAAUUUGAUCUAAAUAGAAUGCUCUAAUAAUUCUCUAGCUGAUCAUUAUGAAUACUAUAUAAACUCAGACGUUUCUUAUGGUGGUUAUGUUCAUUAUCUAACACCUUACAAAGUAGAUAUUUAUAUUUUCCAAUAUAUAAAAUAUAAAAAUGGUUAUGACAGUCCUCCUUUUUUCAUUAAUAUGCCUACAAUGACCAUGAUUUAAGUUGGUGAUAAUUAGAUCUAUUAGCUUCCUGCAAUUUUCGAUAUUUAGAAUGACUUGUAUGACAUUAAAAUAGAUCUUGGAAAAGCUUCUCUUUUUACUAAAAUUAAAGACCUUACUAAUCUUGUGAUAAGUCCAAGUCUAUAUGAUAGGGGUAAAUAUGAUGUAAAGAUUAAGCUUAUUCAAAAAAAUUAGUAAUCGUUGUUCAACACUUAUUCUUUCAAAAUCUCAGUUUAUUCAGAUAAAGAUGAUAUUAAUUAUCUGGAAGAGAACAGACUAGACAAUUAUGAUAGAAUAAAAAGAUAAGUAAAGGAUUAGACUUUAAGGGCGAGAGUGCUCAAAAUAAAUCAAAUUGGAGAAGUUGUAAUAUUAUUUGACAAAAUCAUGGCUAUUCCUUAUAACUAUACUUAAGUGAUGAAUGAGAGUUUGAGUUUAAAAUUGGUAUAAGACAAUGUUGUAACUAAUGUCGACUAUAACAUCACCAAAUUCAAAGGCUAGAAGCUCUAUCUAAAACUCUUUUUUAGAGUUCAAAAAGAUAAAAUAUCUAUUAAAUAUGUAACUUUUGCAUGCUUAUUGAACUUUUAGUUGGAUCAAUUGAGAAUAAUGUUUAAGGAAAACAAAUACUACAUUGACAGCAAAAAUAUCUAUUCAAUUUUCUCAACUAUACAAGGUGCAACUAAAUAUUCAUUAUUGGCUAUUUUUGGAUCAAACAUAGCUAUCAAUAUAUUUAUGUACAAUAAUGAAAUCAUAUUAUUUUAAUAGGAGAUGUGGUCUCUCUUUUUUGUGGGGAAUGAUAGAUGA